UUGCUCAAUGCUCAUGUAAAAGCACCAUUACGUGAUACCACCAUAUUGUAAUUCUAGGGUUAGGUUUAAUCCUAUUUGGUGUGUUUUCUUUUUGAAAACAAUUUCAUUUCAGUAAGUGAUAAAAUGGGAAUUUCAACAGGAAAAAGAAAACGUGUAUCAAAAAAAUCGAAAAUAUCAUGGAGAAAACACACGAAAGUAGACGACAUAGAAGAGUUCUUAGAGGACCAACGUGAAGAAGAAAGACUUGGAGGUCAUUUAGAUAUCAUUUCAGAUGAACAGUUAUUUGUUUUGGAUAAAACUGCUGAGGAGCCCCAGAUAUCAUUAAGGCAAAGACGCAAGCUGAAAGCUGCUCAGAAGCCACUAAAAUGUUUUUCAGCUUUGAGACCACAUACAAAUGUACCCGAUCCAAUCAAAAAGAGAAAUAGGGUUCAAACUCCAGAGGAACGCAAAAGCAUACUAAUAAAGAAAAAAGAACUGGGGGAUAGGGAUAAAGGUGUCCUUAAAGCUAAAGAGAUCAAUGCCAUUGCGGAGCGAAGGCUGAAUGAACUUAAAAAAGCUAAACAAGAAAAAAGGGGUGAAUAUUUAAAGGAUAUUUGGGAUGAUAGAAAAAACUUUGAAAUACAGAAUGAUCCAUGGACAGAAAAGAUUACUAAAGUGCAUAAUUUAAGAAAUACAGGAGUACCUAUCAAGAGAACUCAAAAAAGUGUCCAAGAGAAGCAAAGCCUUUUCCCAGCAGUUGAAAUACCUCAUCCUGGUAUGUCUUAUAACCCUUCAUUUAAAGAUCAUCAAGACUUAUUAAAGACAGUUGCAGAGGAGGAAGUGAAAAUUAUUAAGCAAGAAGAACAUUUAACCAGAGUCACCCGAAAUAUGUUUAGAAAAGUUCCCCAAGAACAGAAGCAGUCAGAAUGGGUAAUAGAGAUGUCUGAAGGAAUGCCUUCAAAGAAUGAAGGAAAUAAUUUAGAGGAUGAAGAUUUAGAUAGAAUUAGUAUAAAUCCUCCAGUGCAGAAUAAAAAGAAAAGCUUAAAACAGCGCAGAAAACAGAGAGAGCAAUUACAAUUAGAAAAAGAGCGUAAAUCAAUAAAAUUGGAAAAGAAGAAAAUUGGUGAUAUCCAUAGGCUAAAGGCAUUACAAAAGGACCUUGAAAAAACUGAGAAGAGACACAAAAAACUUAGGGAAAUUAGGAAAGUUAGGGCAGAGAAAAAUAAAUUAAAACCAAAAAUAUUGAGUUCAACUAAAUUUGAAGACCCAGGGUUGGAAUUUCAAAUGGGACAAGACAUUUCAGGCAAUUUGAGAGCAUUAAAGAAAGAAGGCAAUUUGUUAACUGAUAGGUUUAAGAGUCUUCAAAAGCGAAAUAUACUUGAACCAUCUAAGAGAGCUCAUCAUAAGAAGGCUAAAGUAAAGAAAUUCAAAAAACCGGGACAUAAGGAAGAUUGGGAAAAAACUGUGGCUAAAACUAUUGUAGUGUCAAAACAAUAAAAUGUAUUCUAUAUUGAUAAUAAACUUUGUAUUUUGCCAAUAUAAUUAGGAAGUUUCCUAUGUCAGAAAUGUUGUGUAAUACACUUUAACUUAACUUUUAAAAUAA